GGACAGCCCGCCCACCAGCAUUACUGGCUAGUGGGAAUGAAACACCCAAAAGUUUUUUUUUUUUACAGCAGUAUCUAUAUAUAUCGCCAGUUGUUAUAAAUCAAGUAGCCCAAGAUAACCAACUGGCAUUUCUAAAACUUUGACAGGUGUUAAAAUUUUUGUGGAAUGGGAGACGCUGAUAAGGGCAAAUCAACGUUCACAAAGGUGUGCGCAACAUGCCAUACAACAGAAAAAGGAGGAAAGCACAAGGUCGGUCCGAACUUAAACGGGAUGUUCAGUAGGAAGUCUGGAACUGCGCCAGGAUUCAAUUACUCGGACAGUAUGAAGAGCAAAGCUAUCAGUUGGAACAAGUCCUCUUUGAAUGAAUACCUUUCAGAUCCCAAGAAAUAUGUUCCAGGAACCAAAAUGACAUUCGCUGGAUUGAAAAAAGCCGAUGAAAGGGACAAUGUGAUAGCUUUUUUGGAGAAAGCAUGUAAAUAGAUCCCCGUAUAAUUGUAAACUAAAUGUAAAAGACCCAGAUAAAACAGCUGAAAACAAUAACACAGUUCAUUAACCUUUAGACAAAUAAAUGCCUUUUAGUAA